ACGCCUUCAAUGAGAUCAGCCGCCAGCGUAUCAUGGACGAGCUCGCCGUCAAGCACUUGGCUAUGGUUGCAUUUUUCUGGCAGUUCUACGGUAAAGCCGCGCCACUGUGGUACACUAUGGAGGACGGGCGUGUCGAGACCAUCUACAGCCGUCAAGGCGUACAGCAGGGCAAUGCGGCGGGCCCUUUCCUUUUCUGCCUCGCCUUUCAGCCGGCCCUCCGUCGAUUGCAGGAGCAGUUCCUGGCCGCACUUGUCGGAAGCUUUAUGGAUGACGGGCUGGGGGGUAUGGAUGAGUGGAACGUCCCCUUCUUUCUGACGGCCGCCGCAGUUGAAUUCCGCACCAUCAACUUGGUGCUGCGGCUGGAUAAGUGCCAUGCGGGGUCUCCGCAUUGGCACUCGGCCGCUGACCUUCCGACGGCCAUCACGAGUCGAGGUGUGCGCGCAUCUACAGAAGGGAUCAUCCUCCUGUCCGCCCCGAUCGGCACCCCGGCCUUCAUCGAGCGCGUCGUGAACGAGGUCGUCGCCAAGCAUCAGCGCCUCCUCAACGCCGUCGUUGCCUUUGCUGUCGACGAUUGGGACCAUGCAGUGCAGGGGGCGAACCUGCUCCUUCGCUACUGUGGGUUUCCUCGCUUCCUCUACUGAUGCCGCCUCCUCGCCCCCUCCCCGCCCCUCCUGGCGGCCGCCCGUGCACAUGAUGCUGCGAAGGUCACCGCGUUCACCAGCAUCCACCGCACGGGCGCCCUGUCUACUUCGGCACACCGGCAGGUGCAGCUUCCCAUCCGGUUGGGGGGCUUUGGGCUGGUGUCGUCCACGCGUGUCGCACCGGGUGCUUACUUGGGGUCCGUGGCCGUCACCGUGGGGGAUGUGUGGGAUCGUUUCCGUGGGCAACCCUGCAUGCCCGAGUCAGAAGCCUCUCUUCUCCAGCUGGAAUGGCUCGUCUCGGCGGCAUCCGCCCGCAUCGAUUUCUCCGCAUCCCUCCCUUCUGUCGCCAUCCCCCCUCUCGCGCAGCUCAAUCGCACGCCCGCAGGCCCGGCUGCAGCAGAAGAUCUCUGCCGCCCUUGCGCAGAAAGACUUCGACACCCUCUUUGAGUCUUUCCCGGCUGGCAGCCGCAAUCGAUGCCGCCUUCUCUCCUGCCUGGGGCCUCUGU